UGCGUUGCAUUCUUCUAGUAUUCUUUGCGAUUUCCGCACUGGGGCGGUAUGAAAAUAUAAACAUGAAGUCGGAUUGGUGGGAAACGGCUGUUUUCUAUCAAAUUUAUGUUCGAUCAUUUUUGGACAGUGACGGUGAUGGCGUGGGCGAUAUUAACGGUAUUAGUUCUCGUGUGCAUUACCUAAAAGAACUAGGCGUCGAUGCAAUGAUAUUAUCGCCAGUCUUCAAGUCGCCAAUGUAUGACUUUGGAUUUGACGUCACAGACUACUACAAUAUACACCACGAAUAUGGAACUACAGAAGAUCUUGAGAAUCUUGUGAAGAAAGCCGCAGAGUUAAAUAUGAAAGUAAUUCUCGACUUCGUACCGAAUCACACAAGUAACGACAGCGAUUGGUUCGUAAAGUCGUCUCAAAAGGACGAAUACUACAGUGACUGGUACAUUUGGGAGGACGGACAUCUUGAUGUGAACGGACUGAGGCGGCCGCCUAAUAAUUGGCUGAGUUUUUUCGGGAAAAGUGCAUGGACCUAUGUACCAAGUAGAGAUCAAUUUUACCUUCAUCAGUUUGGAGAUUCAGAACCGGAUUUGAACUACAGAAACCCAGUACUCGUUGAAGAAAUAAAGACUUUAAUGAAAUAUUGGCUUGAAAAGGGUGUGGCUGGUUUACGUCUCAGUUCAGUGAAUUACUUAGUAGAGGCAGACAAGGAUUUGUAUGGAGGUCACUAUCCCGAUGAGCUGACGACGGGCAAAAGGGGCGUAGAGUCUGAAAACUACAAUUAUCUGGAGCAUAUCUACACCAAGGAUCAAGAUGAGAACUAUGAUAUGGUCUCACAGUUCAGAGAGGCUUUCGAUUCUAUUACCAUACGAGAUAAUGUAACACGGGUCCUAAUGACAGAAGCGUGUACUAGUAUAAAGAAAGCUGUAAAAUACUACGGCGAAGGCGUACAUAGUGGCGCACAUAUCCCACUGAAUUUCGCUUUGACGAAGGAUCUGGGAAAGGAGUCAGACGCACGCGACAUCAAGUAUGCGGUGGAUAGGUGGUUGACCUAUAAACCGUUAAAGAAACAGGCUAAUUGGGUGACUGGCACCCAAGAUAAGAGUCGAGUAGCGUCACGCUUUAGACCUGAAUUGGUGGAUGCUUUUAAUAUGUUGCUUUUACUUUUACCGGGGAUCGCUAUCACUUACAUGGGUGAAGAACUAGGGAUGGUAAAUGGUUUCGUUCCGUGGAGUGAGACACGGGAUCCGCUGGCGUGUGGCACGGAUGACCCCGUCAACUUCAUUGAGGUCACCCGUGACCCCAUUCGUACGCCGUUCCAGUGGACAAACGGGAAAAACGCUGGGUUUUCCGAUGCAGAAAAAACCUGGUUGCCAGUAGCAGAAGGAUACGAGCAUAACAAUGUGGCAAAUGAGAAGGCUGCAGCCAGAUCUCACUACCAGGUGUACAGAUCUCUUACAGGUUUAAGAGCCAGGCCUGCAUUCCGUCUGGGACGAUAUGAAUCUCUUGCCCUUAACAAUGACAUAUUUGCUUUUAAGAGGUGGUAUAACGACGACGCCUACGUAGUCGUUAUGAACGUGGGCAAAGUGUAUCAAGUAGUCAAUUUGACGGCGUUCGACUUAAUAUUCGGCCAAUUAGAAGUCGAAGUUAGCAGUGUACUCUCAUCUAGGACAUAUGGAGAUACUGUUCAAGCUAAUUAUUUAGACUUAGCAGCUGAUGAAGCACUUGUUGUAAGGAUGCAAGUAUAAAUCAUAUAAGAAUUUAC